UCUCUCCAUCUCUUUUCUCUUAUUUAUAUCAACAAUUGGGGCCAAAAAAAAAGUCCCUCACCUAGUUAAUAAAUAGUGACCAAAACCCCAACUAAGAGAGUCAUCCUAGCUAUAAUCCUAGUCCUAGAUUACAUACCUCUUUGUUGCCUAAUUACCCAGUAUCCAUCCAUGGCAACAAACUUAGUACCAAAAAGACUUACAAAUUUAUUCUUGGUAUUGGUUCUAGCCAAUAUCAUAUAUUUAGCCAAAGCUACCGAACCUAAAAAAACCACGCUAUCCUUGUACUUUCAUGACACCCCAGAUCGGUGUGACUCCAAUGUCAAGGUGAUCCCAGUUACACGUAUUGCUGGCAAGGCUUGGAAUGUCCCCAAAACUGGCACUGUCAUUGUCACCGAGGACCUUAUCACCAAAACCUCAGGUCAGAACUCAGCUGAAGUUGGCCGUGCCAAAGGCAUGUACGUGACAGCAGGCUCGAAUGGGUUGGAUUCACAAGUUUCAAUAUCAAUAGAGUUCACAGAUGAAGAGUACAAAGGAAGCACCAUAGAGAUGCAAGGUAUUAGCAACCAAUUCAUGCCUGGUGCAGAGGUUUCAGUGGUGGGCGGCACUGGAAAAUUCCGGUUUGCUAGGGGCUACGCUACUUUUGCAACACAUCACUUGGACAUUCCUAACCGAUAUGCUAUUAUUCGGUGCGACAUCACAGUGCAACUACAUUGUUGUUGAAAAUGUUGAUGGGUUACGGAGAUCAGAUAUGGACGGGUUGUUCUUGGCCAAUAAACAAGGUAAAAGAAAUAGGAUUACCAUAAUAAUAACUGUCCCAUUGUUUAAGAAAAUGUAUUAUGUUUGGCAUAACUUGGCACAUUCUCCUUUAAUAGUUAAAUUGACUUUUGAGUGGAGUUUAUAAUAUGUCGUGUUACAAUUAUAAAUUCUC